UAGCAUCAGAGACUCAUGGGUAAUGUAGUGUUUAGAGGUGGCCGACAUGUUAAGAAGACGGACUUUUAUUUUAGCCAACCAUACCGCUCUCUCCCUCUAAAUGUGGAGUAAACCGGAGCCCCGGACCGGCUCCCUGCUUCUGGUCUGACUAUCUAUCUCGCUAUGUAGCUAAUUUAUUAGUUCGUUUGUUGUUGUUUUUUUAAGUCUAUGGGCGAGUAGUUGUAGGCGAGCUAAGAAGCUAAGCUAACUGUUCUUCUGUUUCAGUGGUAGGUUAGCAGCAGUACCGACCCCUGCUGGUGUGGGGUCUCAGUACAGUUUUCUGUUGCUUUGACGAUGGUUUCCAACGUGAUGUAUUUGACGUGUUUUCCGAAGACAAACAACAAUACGGCAAAAAAACCAUGCGAUGCGACUCUUUCACCUGCAGGGGCGCUACUGUCACUGUUUUGGCGUUUCCAUGUGAACGAAAACUCUGUCCCGUCCGGAUCCUGUGUGUGCGUCAGCAUAUAAACUUUGUUUUAAUUUUAGUUUUACUACGUUAUCAUGCUGCUCAGUCACGGGAGAACCAGGUGCCGGGAAAUCAGCAUAGCAACGCCAAACUCCAUGGCAACGCAAAGACCAAAGCCGGCCGCCUUAAGAGAGGAACUUGUGGAGGUCAUCAAGAAGGAGAGGGCGUGUGACCACAUGAUUUCAUGGCUGAAGAGGACAGAUCGCGGCUACUUGCGGGGCGCCAUCAACAAACACGUCAAGGACGCCGUGAUGGAGCAUGAGAGCAGCGUCGAGCAGAGAAGGAACAGGCUGCGGGAGCUCCUCCUUCAAGAGGAAGAGCAGCUGCUGCAGGAGUUGGAGGGGCAGGCGGAGACGACAGAGGAGAGACAGAGGAGGAAUAAAGAGCGAGCACGAACACUGAAGGAGCGUCGAGAGAAAGAGCGGCAGCAGCACGUCACCGAUCAGAUGGAUCGACUCUUCAGGGAGCACUGUGACGAGCUGCGGGUCGCCCUGACCAGACGCGGGGCGCAGGAUGCUGACGUGGAGCGCGAUGCUCAGAUAGAGAGGCAGCAGGAGCAGCUGCAGCAGCAGGAGGAGGAGGAGCGCUUCUUCCAAGAGAUGUGGGAGGGUGACGCGCAGGCCAAAGCCGAGAAAGAGCAGCUGAAAGCCGAGAUGAGGCAGCAGCGCUACGCUGAUCAGCUGAGCACCCUCCGCUCGCAGAUGAAUGAGACAGAGCAGCAGAGACAGAGGGUCAAAGAGCUGCGAGAAGAGGAUGGUCGCCUUAUGCGGCAGCAGCGGGAGGAGAACGUCCGGCUGGAGCAGCAGGAGGAGAUGCAGAUGCGCCAGGCUCAGAGGAACCAGCGCGAGGAGCUCGGCAACAACGUCAUCCUGAAAACAAAACGUCUGCAGCGCGAGCAGGAGAACCAGCGGCGGCAUGACGCCAGCAUCCUGGAGCAGGCACAGGAGCAGCAGACGCACGCCAAACAGGAAGCCGCCGAUUGUCGGGUGGUGCUGCAGGAGGAGCAGCGUCAGUACCGUCAGUACCUAGGCGAGCUGCUGCAGCAGCAGCAGGUGGACGAGGAGGAGACGGCGCGACUCAUCGGCGAAGCUCUGAGCGAGAACAUGGCCAAGAGUGACGAGAGGGGCCGCCUGCAGGAGGAGGCGCGGCGCCACCUGCUGGACGAGGUGAUGGAGGGACGACACCUGCAGGUCCAGAGGAAACUGGAUGGGGAAGCACAGAAAUACAGUGAGUGGCUCAGAGAGAGAGACGAGCUGAAAAGACUCAUGGAGGAGGUGAAGGUGAAAGAGGAAGAGGAGAGGAAGAGCCGCGUGGACAAGUGUAAAGCGUACGAGUCGUGUCUCAGAGCUCAGAUUCAGCAGCAGCAGCAGCGUCAGAUUGAGCUCAGGGCUCAGAGUGAGAGGGAGGAGGAGCAGAGGAAACAUCUGGAGCGGCUGGAGCACCAGAAGAUACAGCAGCUGCUCAACAGCCUCGCCCCUGCUACAGUCAGCUCCGCCCCCUGAAUACUGUCAGCUCCACCCAGCUUUUGGGGUUGUGGUUUUUUAGCGUUGGACAAACAGAAACAGAUUUUGGUCGAUGGUGACACACCUACACAGACUACCAGCGAUGAAUCAAUGCUAACAAUUCCUGUUCCGUGUAGAGUUUAUUUCCUGUUACCUGUGACACUGAUAAACACAUAAGAGCCUUUUAAAAUCAUAUAUGUUACUAUUAUUAUUAUUGUUCUUUGGUUUUAUUAGAAGUUUAAACUGAAAUAAUUCUAUAUUGUCAUGGUGGUCAAGACAGGAAGUGAUCCUGGUGUGACAUGGUGAACAUGAUGCGUAAACAGAGCGGCGUAUCAGCUGUUUUUAUCCGUUCAUGUUGAAGUUGAGCAUGAAUGAUGGAUAAAUAAGUGUGAGGUGAGGUGAUGUAAGCGUGGGAUCACACUGUUGUGUCACAACAAGCUGAGGUGAGUCACAAACAAACACAAACACUGGUCACAGGCAUGAGUUCAUGGAAUUUUUUUCUGUGUAUUAAUAAACACAAAUAUUUCACAA